AUGGAUGUUAGAACAGUGAUUCUUUUUUACAAUGGAACUUGGGUUGACAGAACAACAUACAUUGAUUAUGAAGUCGAAGGUAUACUAAUUCCAACAGAUUGUUCACAUUAUGAGCUUUCUCACAUAGUAUACGAAGCUUUGAAUUUGGACAGAAACAAAUAUACGAUUGAUCUUCAAUUUCAAGUAACGGAAGGCAUACCACCAAUAAGAAUCAAAGAUGAUAGUGGAUGCAAGUUUUAUGAACAAAUACGAAGGAAAAAUGAAGAUGAGACCAAAUAUCCUAUCUUCGUUAACAUCUCAACAUCCACAACCGACAAUGAACACAAUGAUAGAGUAAACUAUACCGACAAUGGGGAAACUAGUUUACAAACAAGGCAACUGCUACCAACAAGAACAGAAUAUGCAACAAAGAUGGCAGAUUAUGUGAUUGAACAAACUCAAAAAUCGAUGGAAGAAAGCUCCGAAGCAAAUCAAAUAAUUUCAAAUCCUCAAGUAAAAAGAUCAUCAAAACUAGACUGUAAACUAGGCUGUAUUGAUGAUAACUGCAACUGGACAUUCUUAGCAUCAAAACAUGGAAAGACUGACAUGUUUAUCAUAAGAAAAAUAGAGCAUACUCAUACAUGUUCAUUGGACAUUACUUCUGGAGACCAUCCUCAAGCUACAAGCAACCUGGUUGGAAAGGUUAUAAAAAACAAGUUUGUAAACUCAAAAAGAGAUUACACUCCAACAGAAAUUGUUGAUGACAUGGUAGAUGAUUACAGUGUCUCUAUAUCUUACCAAAAAGCAUGGAGAGCAAGAGAAAAGACAAUUGUGGAUGCUUGUCGCUGCCCACAAGAAUCAUACAGUGAGAUACCAUCAAUUUUAUACAUGAUGCAAAUAUCAAACCCAGGAACAAUUACAGACCUAGUAACAGAUGAAGAUAACAAAUUCAAAUAUCUAUACUUUGCAGUAUGUGCUUCAAUAAAAGGUUGGCAACACUGUACACCAAUAAUAGUCACGGAUAGAACCUUUUUAACAAACCAACAUGGAGGCACUUUGUUGAUAGCAAGUGCACAAAAUGCAAAUAGACAUAUAUUCCCACUUGCAUUUGCAGUAGUAGAUUCUGAAAAUGACAGCUCUUGGGAAUGGUUUCUUCACAAAAUAAAGGAAACUUAUGGCGAAAGAGAAGGUCAAUGCAUCGUAUCAGAUAGACAUGAGAGUAUACUAAAAGCAGUAAAAGAGACAUUUCCAGAUAUAAUGCAUGGGGUAUGUUGUUACCAUUUGAUGAAGAAUAUAAAAAUGAAAUUCAAAAAAGGAGGUGAUGAGCUCAAGAUUGCAUUUAAUAGUGCAUCUAAAGCUUACAACAUAGAAGAUUUUGAAAAGAGCAUGCAAGACUUGGACAAUAUAAAUGUAAGAAUAAGAGAUUACUUGGUGAGUGAAAUUGGUGUCGAAAAGUGGACAAGACUAUAUGGCAUGAACAGGAGAUACAAAACAAUGACAUCAAAUAUUGCCGAAUUAGUCAAUGCAGCCUUGAAAGCAGUAAGAGACCUAGCCAUCGCAACUCUACUAGAAUGCCUACAUUCAUUGGUGCAAAGAUGGUAUUGGGAAAACAAGAAUAGAGCCCAAAAAACUACAACAACACUGGCAAAAAUACCUGAAAAAACAUUAAAGAAACAAAGAGAUAUGAGUUUAAAGUACAAGCAAAUCUUCUGGUAUACCAAGUACACGACAACAACAGAUCUCACAUAG